AUGUGUUUGACAUAUUUGCUCUCACAUCUUCCAAAUAGACAGUACCAAGUACAUGCGGUGACUAUAGACCAUAAAUACCGGGAAAAUUCGGGCUUAGAAGCUGCAAGAGUAGGUGACAUUGUAAGUAAAUGGGGAGUCAAGCAUAUAAUUAAACCAUUGGAAUAUGAGCAGGAAGAUGUCAAUUCUAUAAGUAACUUUGAGGAGGUUGCUCGAGAAAUGAGAUAUCAAGUGUUCCGUGAUGUUUGUAAGGAAAAGGGGUCAAAUUUGCUCUUCACAGGUCAUAAUAUGAAUGAUAAAUUAGAGACGUUUGUUCAAAGAUUAGGUCAAAAUUCAACCUUAUAUGGCUUAAUGGGUAUUAGACCCGUAUCAAGAUUUCCUCUAGCUCCCAAAGUUCCCACUGACAAUAUUACAGUGGUAAGGCCCUUGUUGGAGUACUUCAAAUCAGACAUACGGGAUAUGGCUGUUAACAAACACUUGGAAUGGUUUGAAGAUCACACUAAUAAGGAUAUCCAUUUAACGCAACGAAACCUCAUAAGAUAUUGGAUGGAAGAGAAUCUUCUUGAUAUGAACAAUGUUCACUCAUUAUACUGCCAAUUGGAAGAAUGCAAUGAUAUGAUUGAGAGCAAGGUUGAACAGUUAAGUAAUUACAUAUUGCAGUUUGGAUCAUUAACCACGAAUCGGAUGUUGUGUUUGGUCAGUUUCCAAUUACCCAAACUGGUUUUCAACAAUCCUAAUUACAUCACAAUAUUGAGUAGGUAUUUGUACCAACUAUUAGAACCUUAUUCAAGUGUCAAAUAUUACCAUUGGAUGUAUGCUAAGCUUGAAAGGUCUGUGGUACCUCGACUAUUUUCCCACACUAGUACAAUUACCAUCACAGCAUUGAACUUGAAGUUUACCCUUGUACCAGAACAAGAAGAAGAUACGAUAAGGCUACUGAUUUCAAGACAGAAUAUGGAAAAACACACUUACCAAGACAAUCAGUUCAAUAUUCACCUAAGAGAUUCAGAAUGGAGUAAUUGGGUCUUUUAUGACCGAAGACUAUGGAUUCGGGUUAGGCUGCAAAUUCCGGUUCACUUACAACUUGCUCCAUAUUGUCACAAAAUCCAUGGUAAAUAUCUUACUCAAAAGCUCAAUGUAAAGGGGAAAGCACUUGAAUCACUGCCAAUUAUUGUUAAUUUUAAUGGUGAUAUCAUUGCAAUACCAGGAGCUGGCUUACGUAAUGAAGCUUAUGAUUAUGUUGAUUAUGAGAUAGAAUAA